AUGACAUAUCGAUGGGAACGUCAACGAGCAAUUCAAAUGCAAGAUGAAAUGAUGCAACCACCACGUUGUAUGCAAAAAGCGGAAGAAUUAGGUUAUGAUCCAAUGGAUUGGAAAGAUUACUUUGCCCGUGAUGAACCAUUCGUCGAUGCUGAUUAA